AUGGUGGUGGGGACACAGAGCUGGUGGGAUCAAGCUACCAGCAGAGGUGGCUGGGCCCCUCUGCUCCUCAUGCUGCUCGCCCAUGGUUCAGGUUCCCUGGUCCAGGCAGCGCUGACUCAGCCCCAGUCGGUCUCAGUGGAGCCAGGACAGGACGUCCAGAUCACCUGCUCCGGGCUUAGCAGUGGCAGCUAUGUUGGCUGGUACCAGCAGAAGGUGCCUGGCACUGCCCCUGUCACUGUGAUCUAUGGUAGCACCAAUAGACCCUCGGGCAUCCCUUCGCGAUUCUCUGGAUCCAAGUCCGGCUCCAUGGGCACGUUAACCAUCACUGGGGUCCAAGCUGAGGAUGAGGCCGUCUAUUACUGUGGUGGCUGGGACAGCAGCAGUGCUGAUCAGCAUCCUGGUUGUGCCCUCUGCAUAGCCAUGUCUGUGAAUGUCCUUCUGAUCAUACCACACCGUGCAGGAUGUGACCCUGUGCCUGUCCUGACAAAAGAAAUACCUUUGCCUUUUGUCUGCCUCCCGCUUCAUACUGCAGUCAGACAUGUCCUCUUGCUUCUGGUAGAAGGGCUCACUCCUUGGGCUCUGCCUGUGGGGCUGGGGUCUCCCUGUGCCCUCAAGGAGCUUUGUGCACAGGGGCCCAGUCCCGCUGCCCGGGCAGGGCUGUGCUCCUGGGCACUGCCUGACCCCCAUCUUCUCCCCUCUCCCUCUCCAGGUUCCCUGGUCCAGGCAGCGCUGACUCAGCCCCCAUCGGUGUCAGUGGAGCCAGGAAAGAACGUCCAGAUCACCUGCUCCGGGGGCAGCAACUGGUAUGGCUGGUACCAGCAGAAGGUGCCUGGCACUGCCCCUGUCACUGUGAUCUAUGAUAACAACAAGAGACCCUCGGGCAUCCCUUCGCGAUUCUCUGGAUCCAGCUCCGGCUCCACAGCCACGUUAACCAUCACUUGGGUCCAAGCCGAGGACGAGGCCGUCUAUUACUGUGGGAGCUAUGACAGCAGCACUGAUGCUGUUGUUGCAAUGCAGAGAGAUGUGAAAGUGAGCUGCAGAGGAGGGUCUCUGCCCUUCUUCUUCACUGGGGAGCUGGGCUGUUAGCCUGCAGCAGCUUCA